AUGUCGCGCUACUUCCCGCACACGUCGUACGCAGAGGACCAGCCGGUGCCGCACGUCGUCCUCGCGACGCACGUGCUCACGCGCGCGCUGGCGGCGGGAUCGCUCGCCGGGCUGGGCGUCGCGGCCGCGAGGCAGGCGGUGCCGGCGUGGCGACGACCCGGGGCGGCGCCGGCCCUGGUCUCGCACCGCAUCCUGAGGGCGUCGUCGGCCGGCGCGCUCUGGGGGCUGGGCGUCGGCGCGGCCGCGCUGGCCGGGCGCAUGUACGGCCGGGAGCUGGUCGAGUGGCAGGACAGGAGCUGGCGGCUGCUGGAGAACAGGGGCCAGCUCGAGAUGGACGACUGGACGUAUCUUGGCAUGGGGGCCGGCGUCGCCGCCGCCUGGGCCGCGGGGAGUCUGAAGGGCUUGGGCGGGCGGGGGGUGAUGGGCGCCGUGGGCGCCGGGGGGGUCGUUGGCGGGUUGGCCUGGGCGGGAUGGCGGUUCGGCGUGAACGGGGGCAGGUUUAAGGAGAAGCCCAAGGAGGGCGAUUUGUGA